AAUUCUCUGACCAUCGGGUUUGUCAAGUCACGGGAUUGUAUCAUAUCUGGUAUCAUCGCUUAGUCACCAAUUCUCGUACUUUCCUCAACCCCUUCCACCAAAUGCCCUUCUAUAAAGACAAGCGACGAGUGAUUGACCAGCAUUGACGCAACAGAUUUUGACACAUAUCAGUCAGUGAUAAAAACAGAAGACAAAGAGAAGAUUUUGACACAUCGCAGUCGUGCAUUUGUGUUGGCAUUUUGUGGACGGAGACGAGUUCAACUCGUUCAACUGCUGCAGUUUCAUCCAGAAAUAAUUGAUAAAAGUCGCUGGGGGCGGAGAAAAUGGCUGGAACCGUGAGUUUCAAGGUCUACCUGACGUCUGACGAUGAGGGACAAGAGGAGGUUCGACGUUUUGGAGUUGAUCCAGACGUUGUCACGAAUUUUCUGUACCUGAGGGAGAAAUUGCAGAGCAUUUUCCCGAGUGUCAGGGGCAGGCAUUUCACCAUCUCCUGGAAAGAUGAGGAUGGUGAUAACGUCAUAAUUUCGAGUGACGAGGAGCUGCAGAUAGCCCUGAACGAGACAGCCUCAGCGAACGUUCGCAAGCUCUACCUGACCCUCCACUCCGAAUACGAAAAGUCUGAGGAUCACCAGCAGCCGGAUGCCUCCCCCAAGGAAUUGGCACUCCACGCCGGAAUAAUUUGCGAUGGGUGUGACAAAACAGUUCAGGGAUUGCGUUACAAGUGUCUCCAGUGCGCUGACUAUGAUCUCUGCUCGAGGUGCGAGGCCAAGGGGGUGCACGAGGAGCACUGCAUGCUGCGUCUGAGUGUUCCCGUUCAAUGGAAACCCCAUUAUAGCAAGCGUCUGGCUCACCAUAUGAAUCGUUUCGUUCGUAAAGCAGUCCACAACAAUAUUUUGUACUGCAGCAGGGAAGCUGAGGAUGUCCCCAGAUGUCCCUUCAGCAAAGAGAACAAGGACGAGAAGCCUGGAAAGGACAGCAAGUUCCAUUCAAAACGCCAUGGCAGACGUCAGUGCAGUGGGAAUGAGGGACAAUCCUGGCUGGACACCUUCGCUGUUUACCUGAAUGACUACGCGAAUCUGCCUGGGGAGUGCCCCAUGAAGGAGAAGCCAGAACAAGCCACUGAGGAGAAGAAAGAAGCCAAGACAUCUGAUUCUCAUGUCGAGUUGCUAAAGAUGAUUGGCGAGAAUCUCUCCCAGUUCCUCGAUCCGCUUGGCGUCAACAUGAAUUUCCAGGUGAAGGUUAAUGACAAUGUGGAGAAUAAGAGCUCUACUACUGCUCCAACAACUUCGAGUGCUCCUGAGUCGAGUGCUCCUGCUCCUGAGUCGAGUGCUGCUUCAACCGCUUCAGAUUGUGAUGUUAACAAGGAAAAUCCUGGGGAGAAAGAGAAUACUCUUAAGGAGAAGUCACCUUCUCCUGCAAGGUCGAUGUCUAGUGAGGGAGCUUCCAGUGGGGAAAAACCUGAGGUCGAGGGGUGGACUAUCAUCCCACCAGCUAAUGGUGCUAUUCCGAAGACUGUGACACCACCAUCAGCACCUGUUGUCGAGGAGAAAGCAGCAACCCAGCCGAUUUACCCAAAGCUUCUCCAACCCGAGGAGAAACCAUCGAAAAUAAUCUAUCAUCCAAACCCAACGAUCCAGAAUUCUGUUGAAACUAUGAUGCAGAUGGGUUUCUCCAAUGAGGGGGGUUGGCUCACUAAUCUCCUCGUUUCGAUGAUGGGAGACAUCCCCAAAGCCCUCGACGCUCUCCAGCCAGUCCAGCGCAAUUAAAUGACUCUUAAUCACUCUAUGUUCUACCAGUAAUACAAUUUAUCUCGAGCUUUGAAGUUUCUUUGGUUUUGGGAUUUUAAAUGAAUAAAUAAACAAGUGAAAUAAAUGUUGCAUGCAUUUAAUUUUUGCAGAAUUAUGGAUUAUUUUCCACUUUAUAAAUUCAUCUUAUUAUUACUUUUUUGAGAUGACUUCAUUCCAAUUCAUUUUGAGUUCAUUGUUUAAGCAUAUUUUGAUUUGCGAAGUUCUGAAGAAUGUCGUAAUUUAAUCAUGAAAUUGAAAUAAAGAAAAUUAAGGUUGAAAAUCAAAAUAAAGAAGAGUAAUGUUGAAUGAAUGUUGAAAAUAAAGAACAUAAAUGUUUCAUGCAAUUGAAUUUUAAACAGA